CAUCCACACUCUGCCCACGUAAACCAUCCUCAUUGGCUGUGAGAAAGCCCCCAUAACCAGUCCGACAACCCGUCUCGUUUACCAACUCCUCAGUUUCACCAUCAAGUCAUAUCAACACAGCUCGAGGAGAAUGGCCACCAUUGCUAUUGCUAGCUUCAUUGGUCUCACCACUCCCAUCACUAGAACUCAAGGACUUUCUGGGCAUUUCCCAAAUCCCUCUUCCCCUUUCUCCUCCCUCAAAUAUUCCCAAUUCAGAACCACCUUCUCUCCCUCCAUGGCCACCACCCCAAUCCAAGUCUCUGCUUCUUCUUCAUCAUCAUCAUCGCCCGCCAUUGAUGAAAAAAAAGGUGCAGGCUUUUCCGGGAUUGUGGGAGCCGAUGACCUGUUGAUUGUUGGGCCGGGAGUACUUGGGCGAUUGGUUGCAGAGAAAUGGCGGCAGGAGCAUCCGGGUUGUGAAAUAUAUGGGCAAACAGUCACCGUUGAUCACCAUGAGGAGUUGAUCAAGGUGGGUAUCAAUCCAUGCUUGAAGGGGACCAAAACGGACCUUAAGUUUCCUAAUGUCAUUUUCUGUGCUCCACCAUCUAGAACCUCGGAUUAUCCCGGUGAUGUUCGAGUGGCUGCAUUGAACUGGAAUGGUGAAGGUUCUUUCUUAUUUACAUCAAGCUCUGCACCGUAUGAUUGCAAUGACAACAGUCCAUGUGAUGAGGAUACUCCAGUAGUGCCAAUAGGAAGGAGCCCCAGGACCGAUGUCCUUCUUAAUGCAGAAAAAGUGGUGCUGGAGUUUGGUGGUGUUGUUCUUAGAUUGGCAGGGCUUUACAAAGCAGAUAGAGGUGCCCAUGUUUAUUGGUUAUCGAAGGGGACUGUAGACACAAAUCCAGAUCACGUUCUGAAUCUCAUACAUUACGAGGAUGCAGCUUCCCUAUCUGUUGCAAUCUUAAAGAAGCAAUUACGUAACCGGAUUCUCUUGGGUUGUGACAAUCAUCCAUUGUCCAGGAAAGAAGUGAUGGACUUGGUUAAUAAAAGUGGGAAAUUUACCAAAGUGUUUGAGAGCUUUACAGGAACUACUGAUCCCUUGGGAAAGCGAUUAAACAACUCAAAAACUCGUGCAGAAAUAGGGUGGGAACCAAAAUACCCCAGUUUCUCUCAAUUCCUUGAGAGUCUCUGAACUAAUGUUACCUCUAUCUGCAUUGUGCGGGAAAUAUUGGUUAAGAUAGCCCAAGGAAUAUUUGCGAUGGAGCUGAGCAUGUAAAGUUUGUUUGCAUAUUGUGGAGAUACUUGCUGCAAUGGUUUGCACAUCUGUAGAGAACUAACAAUUCUGAACCUAUUCAACCAGCCUCCAUGGAAACUUAUUGGCUGGUUUGAACAUUCAAGUGAUUUAACUUCAUGUAUCUUUGUACAGGCAGCUUAUAUAUCAUUGGUCCCAAAUUCUCUAUCUCCCCCAGCUUAUAUAGAUUCUAUUUUUUUCUCUCUGUGUUUACUUUGCUGUUACAUAAGAUGUAUCCACCUGCUUAUGCAGAAAUUAUGUUUCAUCUUCUAGAAUGAUUAAUAGAAUAAUAGUGGAUUGUGAUUUGUCGGA